GAAUAACGCGCCACUCGCGCGCGCCUGCCUUAUCGUCGACGUCGUCAUUAUUUACGAACCCGAAUCAUCCGAUCGGCGAUCGCUGAUCAGUGCGCGUUCAAAUUCUGAACGUUUCCGCCACGGCGCCACAGUCCGCUCGAUCACCGAGACAGGUUAUUAUAUUUGUCGUCGUUGUUGAUGUUUUUGUUGUUGUUGCUACGUUCUGAUCCGUCGGGUUCGAUUCGAUAAUAUAAAUAUAUAAUACAAUAAUAACAAUUUAUAAUAGUAAUUUAUUAUUAUUAUUAUUAUUAUUAUUAUUAUUAUUACUAAACAUCAUCCCGUGUGCGCGCGCAAUUGCCGCGUGUUAGUGCGUGCGGGCAAGUUCGCGGUUAGUAGUAAAGUUGCGUGCGUGCGCGCCUCCGCAAGAGAUAUCGAGACAAAAUGGCGUCGUUCUUAUGAUAGCGCUGGUCUAUGGUGCACGAUAUAUUAUUUAUUAUGCUAUAAUAUUAUCGUUUUAAUAUCGUAAAUUAUACUCAAAACUCAAACGCCGUUUUUAUAAUAUCGUUUCGUGAUUGGUGCCACGGGUAUGUAAGACGAUGUUGACAAAAUGGUCCCGAUCGACGACCGUCACAUCGUCGCCCGCACUGUUUUGACGCGAUCAAUCUUUCUCGGCCUGGUCAGAAACGGAAUCGUCCGCCCGAAGUGCCAUGUAGUCCUCUGAAAUCCGCUUCCUCAUCUUUUUUCUCUACCUAUUCUAUUUCUCUAUUUCUCUGUCUUUCUAUCUUUCUCUCACUCUCGACAUCCGUACUGUCCGGACCAUGUCGUCCGUCGUCCCGCCGGUGAUCAAUAAAUAACUUUUUUUUUAGAACCCGGGACGUGUUCCCCUCGAGGUUUUCCUCGAAAAUAAUGAUGUCAUUUAACCAUUACGGUUACAACAGUUUGAAAAACGACCAGACCAACAAACGGCUGAGAACUGCCGACUACGACCGGGAGUCACGGACCACCAACAGCUCCGUGUCGUCGUACGAGGACGGCCGCCGCAAGAACGCCGAAACGCAGCCCAACCACAUACUUCUAUUGACUAUCACCAAAGUGACCUACCCGAUAAACACAGACGUCAUCCACACCAUUUCCAAAGAUCAUGGUAACGUUAUGCGCAUAGUUAUAUUUAGGAAACGCGGUGUACAAGCCAUGGUAGAAUAUGAAGAAGUGGAACAGGCCAUACGGGCCAAGCAACUGAUGGACGGUGCCGACAUAUACCAGGGGUGUUGUACACUGCGAGUGGAGUACGCCAAGCCUUCCAAGCUAAACGUCUACAAAAACGACUCCGAAACGUGGGACUACACCACACCAAAUCCUGGGGAGAAGAAAACUGCACCGCUGUUACCGGACCCUCCAAGAGCUCCUCUGAUAUCCACUCGACCUACAUUCCCUCGAUUUGAUUUUGAAUGUCGAGGCGGACUGUUAUCUACACCUCAUGAUUUACCUAAUAAUAAUUAUGGAGACAGCUAUCCAGCCACACCUGGACGUUGUGUACUGAUGGUCUAUGGUCUAGAUCCCGACAAAGCAAAUUGUAAUCGGCUAUUUAAUUUGUUUUGUCUGUAUGGAAACGUGGUUAAAAUUAAAUUUUUAAAAAGCAAGGAGGGCUGUGCGAUGGUACAGAUGGACAAUGAAAUGUCUGUAGAUCGUUGUAUGGACAAUUUAAAUAAGCUGACACUUAUUAGUGGUAAUGUGUUACAGCUGCAAGUAUCAAAGCAAAUGUAUUUGUCUGACAUUAUGGUACCAUAUGAUCUACCUGAUGGCACUCCAUCAUUCAAAGAUUAUUCCAACUCAAAAAAUAACAGAUACCAUUCAAAUUCUAACGGGAAAAAUCGGCGUCAGACCCCAUCCAGUGUGUUGCAUUUUUUUAAUGCUCCACCAAACAUAUCAGAAGCUGAUUUAUCUCAGACAAUAAGCAAAGCUGUAAAAGAUGUUGAUCCAAAAAUUAUCAUUAAGAUGUUUCCUCCAAAAGGUACAGAAGCACGUAGCUCUUCUGGACUUGUCGAGUUUACAGAUAUGGCUAUAGCUGUGGAAGUGAUAAUGGCCGUCAACCACUGGCCGAUAAAAUGUGAAUCAUCCAAGUUUCCGUACUUACUCAGACUAUGUUUUUCAUCGCUACCCAAAGGAAUAGCGAAUGCCGAGAUGGCACAGUGACAUUGCGCUGCUUAAUGAACUACCGUAUCUCAUGUUUGUCAAUUAUUACUUUUUAGUGCAUAAUAUUGGGUUAUUUUUAUUUUUUAAAGAGAAAUCGACUAUGUUUCACAUUUCCUAUUAAUAAGUUAAAAGGACUAUGGUUAAUGUCUGCCACCCCCUUAAAAUGUUUUCGUAUGUUUAUUAUUAUUAAAUAUAAUAAUUGUUUUUUUUUCUGUAUUUGUAUUAUUAUAUAAUGUAGACUUGUCAAUUAUGAAAAUCAAACCAUAUCUUCGCUAUUUUUGUUUCUGUUUUUAAUUUAUACUUUUGUGUACAAUAUUUCUGAUAAUGUUAAUUUCAGAAUAUACCAAAAUUAGGGAUAAGUGGUGGGACCAAAACCAUAAUCUUGCCAAUAAACUGUCCUAAUAAAGAAUUUGAAACAUAUUUUUUUGUCACAAAAUGCUAAUGAUGCGUGCACACUUAAUAUGAUACUGAAAUAUAUGAUUCCUAUUAUUAAUAUUAUUAUUGAUUAUGGUACUGGUACUAUUUGUUUUAGGAGGAAUAUUUUUCCCAGAGAUAUUUAGCUUGAUA